AUGGAACGCAAGACACUAUUUGAUUCCUCACAUGAGAAAACACGUGUAAAUACGGCGGUAUUAUUUCCCGUGGAGCGUACCAAUGGAGAACCUUUGCUGAGAGAAAUGCAUCUCACUAGUAAUGAAGAGCUGCGGGGUCUUCUUUAUGUUGGUUGCGCUAAUGAUACUCUACAUGUUUACCGCGUUCUCACACGUCUUGAUUACGAUGCGGUGCGUUAUGAUGUCUCUUCUUCUUUUCUUCACUGCAAACAAUUUGGCGCUUCGAAUAACGAAAGUAUUGGAAAUGGUAAAAGUAUUAUUACUUCUUCUUAUGGCGUUACAUUUCUUCAUGUUGAUAACGAAUUCUCUACACCUUUGCUUUUAGUAGUUGCAGGUGGUGUUCUUGACGCAUUGCACUAUGUAUCCUUAAAUAGUGUUGGUAUUUUUAAGCAUCUUCCACUCCCACAAGGAACUAUCACAACAUGUUGUGUGGCUCAAGUACAGGGAAAUGGACCACGACAACAACAACAACAACAACAUCAUCAUCGAUUAGCCUUAAUUAUCAAUCGUUGGUUAAUCCUUGUGGAAUAUACGGAACGAAAUUCACAAAUUAUUGGUAGUGGAAACUCUAAUACUGGGGAAUCUACAGUUAUUGAAUGUCCUCAUAUAAUGAUAUCAGAAGGCACAAAAACUCUGGCAUGGCAAGGUGAUAUAAUCGUUACAGGAAGUCCAUAUGAUUAUUGUAUAAUUAACGUCAAUACUCAACAGAUUCAACAGAGGAUGGAUAUAGUAGAAACCUUUUCUCAAGGUCCCUUGUGUCGUAAUGUAAUUGGGUAUGGUGAUACUUCCCAUAUAUUGAUUCGAAUAGGUAACAACCAAUUAGCUUUGAUGGAUUUAACGACAGAAACUGAAUUAGAAACUGCAAUUCCAAUUGGAAUGUCAGAACCUAUUUUAGAUGUUGCUUUUGUUUCACCUUUUAUAGUAGGUGUGAAGACAGAUGGUAAUGUGUUAAUGCAGUCAUGCUUAGAUGGAGAAGAAUUUCCAUGUAAUAGUGGAUCUCUCUAUGGAUUUGAUGGAGUACCAAAUCAUGUCUAUUCAACAUUAUUAGGUAUUUAUGGUAUAGGUAUAUAUAGUGUACAGUUAUUAGUACUUAUGCCUAAAAAAACGAUAGCAGCACUUUAUAUAAAUGCUGGUCUUUAUGAAAGAGCUUUACGGUAUGUGGAAUACGCAUAUGAAUCUAGAGAAGAUGAGUUACUAAGACGUUUUUAUAAUGCAUGUGCACGUCAUGCUUUAAAAGAGAAAAAAUAUAAUGAAGCUUUUCGUUAUUUUGAACUUGCAGCAACACCAACAGUGGAAUUAUUAGAGUUUUUACCAGAAUUACGUCGUCCAUUAAAAAAAGGAAAUCAAUGGGAAUCUAAAGUAGAACUUUCAUUAAGUAGUGGUGAAGCUUAUCAUCAAUUGUAUGAAUUGCUUCUACGACGACGUUCUCUUGGAUUAGGAACUAAUAGUGUAGAACAACAAGCUAUUGAAUUUGCUAUUUUUCUCCUUUAUGUACUUGAAUGUGUUCCAUAUACAGAUGAAGAAUUAACAAAUCUCUUUCUUACAUCCUCAACUCUAAACCCAGAGGAAUGUCUUCACUACGUGAGUGAGGGAGGUGUACGUCCUAAACCUAUGAUAUACCCUUUAGUUUUAUCUUGUAAUGGACAGUUUGAGGAAGCCUUGGAGCAAUGUCAGAAACAGCGAUUGGUGUAUGAAGCCGGUGUUGUACUGCGAAUGAGUGGUGAUGAUGAACUUUACGUUCGUUUUCUUCCAUGGAUGUUAAGUGUGAAUAUCACUGCCGCUCUUACCGCAUUAGUGAGGAGACCAUCACAACAAGGAAGACAAGAAGAAAAACAACCAUCUGUAUCUCUUAUUCUCCCUAUGUUAAUUGGAUAUGGAGGAUAUCCAUUACAUGAAUACUUACAUCAUCUCAUAUAUGUUGAUCAUAAUACCGAUUCGAAGCUUCAUACAUUAUAUGCAAUAAAUCUUAUUGAUAUGAUUCAAGUUUUACAGUCUUUUGGUGUACAAGGUUUAAGUGCCAAUGCUGUUAGAGUUCCAGCAGGUUAUGAAUCAGGUAUUCGUGGUUCCUCACGUAGGAGUUUAUUAACUUUUCUUAUGUUUAGUCAAUAUUAUGAUACAGAUACAGUACUUGCACAACUUCUUGAUGCUGGUUUAAUAGAAGAACAAGUAUUAGUGUUAAAACAAGCUGGUGAUCAUCUUGGUGCUUUAACAAAGUUAGUAUAUGAACUGGAUGAUAUUAAUACGGCUGUGCGGUAUUGUGAAGAACAACACGUACGAGACCUUCAAAGUAUAGGUAAUAGUACACAAUGGUUUACAGAGAGAAAAAAUAUUAAUAUUUUUUGUGACCCUCAUGGAAUACGUAAUGAGAAGCGAGAUGAAUUAUCUAUUAAAAAAGAUGAUAAAAUUCUUCUUACUGGACAUAAUGGUCCAUUUCAUGAUGGACAUACUUUUAACGAAUAUUUUAAUAUUCUUCUUCAUGUAUUACUUGUUCCACCAGCGGGUAAACAACGACUUCUCUCUGCUGCUCUUACCGUUUUAAAUGAACAUUCAUAUUGUAUUAAUCCUCUCUCUGUUAUGACUUCAUUACCAGAUGAAGUAUGUGUUGCUGAAAUAUCCUCAUAUCUUUUACGAGCCUUUCAGACAUUAUGUAAUAAAAUUCAAAUGGCGGAAGUAAAUGCAAAUGCAACAAAAUCCAUGAUUGCAGAUGCCCAACGUCAUCGAGAUUUAUUACAGCAGCGAUGUGUGUAUGUAGAUGAGAAGCGGAUAUGUGCGGUUUGUGGUAAACCUCUCGGUGUGGGUGUAAUUGCCGUCUUUCCGAAUCUCAAAGCCACGCACUUUCGGUGUUUUCACGCCCCUCAAUUGGACCCUGAACGUGGUGUGCCGUUUCGACAGGAUCUCUUAUAA